AUGUCGGAAAACAUCGAACCCAUCCAGGGACCAGCGGGUGCUGCUGAUGUAGCAGCGCAGAGCAGUCCAGAUCAGGCAGACUUGCUGAGCGACACAGCCCUGCGUUCGUUCACAAAUUAUUACUUCACUUCGACGCUUCCUGAUCUUGAAGAAGCUAUUAAAUGUACUGAAGAUGCACUCAAUUCGAUACCGCAUGACCACCCAGAGUAUCUGGGGCAUUUGAGCAAUAUGGUCAGUUUAUUUGCUGAUAAAUUUGAUAUCGUGGGGAGGGUGGCCGAUCUUGAGAGGGCAAGUAAAUUUGGAAGGGAAGCCAUCGACAGAUUUCCUCAGAACCCAAACCGUGCAUAUUUCUCGAAUGCCGUUGCAGACAGACUUAACACGCUCUUUACCUUGACAGGAGACGUCUCAGCUCAAGAUCUCUCCGUUCAAUAUGCCAAGGAUGCCUAUCAGGAAACCAGCGAUAGGCCAGAAGAUGAACCAUUUCGGCUGGAAGUCAUGGAUACCCUUUGUACUGUAUUGAUGACCCGAUAUCAACGGAUUUGGGAUCUACGAGAUCUGGAGCAGGCCAUCGAAAUAGCAAGGAAAUUGAGAUAUUUAUCUCAGGACGAUUAUCUAGAGCAUUCAAUACGUCUCUCCGAUCAUCUUAUUUUCAAGUAUUUGAGAGUUGGUGAGGUAGCCAGCCUCGAGGAAGCGAAGACUAUUUCACGCGAAGCACUUUUGGUCGCUCCAACGGAUGAUCCAGAUUAUCCAGGCUGCGUGUUCACCCUUACAAGGAGUCUUUACCUCAGCAGUCAACGGACGAGUGACUUAUCUGAGCUGGAGGAAGCGAUCCAGCACUUGAGGUCAGUUGAAGAAUUCCUUGCAGGAGACGACGUUGAAAGCAUAUCGAAGUAUCUCAGCAGUCUCGCAAACUGCCUGGACUAUAAAUACUCAAUAACCGGCCAAUCAAGUCAAUUGGAAGAGGCCAUCCAGUUGAUGAGGAGAGUCGUAGACCUUACCGGCCCAGAAAGUGAUCGAGACUCCGGAAUUUUAUGCCAACUUUCGGUUCUACUUGGACAACGAUACAGCCGAGCAUGGUCAAUGGAUGACCUGAUUGAGUCAAUCAGUUACGGGGAAGAGGCGGUAAACGCCAGCUUGCCCAGCGACCCCAAUCUCCCUGCAUUCAUGACCUCUCUGGGAAAUAGAUUUAUGGAACGGUAUCUGAGAACCGGAAAGGUAGAAUAUAUGGACAGGGCAAUCGAACUUUCCAGGGGUGCGCUCAAGAAUAGCCCAAAGGGUCAUCCGGCACACGUGACACAUGUCAUAUGCCUCAGCCAUCAACUCGGCGAGAGAUACUCAAGAUUUGGCAUGAUGGCUGAUCUAGAAGAGGCUAUUCAACUUGUCAAAGAGACGAUUAGUCUCGGCUCACUGAGCAAUUCAGACCGAGCGAAGUGCUUUACCGCUGCCGCAUUACGAUUCGGGGACAAAUAUCUGAGAACGAAUUCUCUCCGCGAUCUGGACGAAUCUGUUCGAUCGAAAUAUCAGGAGACCAAUAUCAUGAGCGACCUAGAGGAAUCCCUUCAUUAUGGAAGGCAAGCAGUUAGAGAGACCCCAGCAGGGAAUGCGGAUGAGGCAGGUUAUUUCAACAAUCUCGCAUUCCAGCUUGCAGAAAAGUACCGGAAGACAAAAGAGCCUGCAAUUUUGGAGGAGGCGAUUAGCUAUGCUACUAAAGCUGUCACCGACAGGCCGGAUGAAUUCCAAUACCGCGCAAUGUACUUGGGCAACUUUGGAGAUUGCCUUCGAGACAGGUAUGCAAUCUCAAACGCAGCUUCCGACUUGGAAGCUGCUAUGCAAAACUACGAGCUCGCUCUCGCCCAGACGUCAUCUCCCAUCAUCAACCGUAUCAAAGCCGGUAUCCAAAUACUUGAGCUCGCUAGUGCUCACUCAAGCUGGCGUCGAGCCUUUGAAGCGUCUGCAACAGCGGUAGGACUUAUCCCACAGCUGUCAAUGCGGUCGCUAGAAAAUUCAGACAAGCAAUUUAUGCUCGGGCAAGCUGCCGGUCUCACAUCCGAUGCUGUGGCGGCUGCCAUCAAUGCAGGGGAAGGACCACUUUGCGCCCUGAGUCUUCUCGAGCAGGGUCGAGGCUUAAUAGCAACGUCUCUGGAGGAAAUCCGAACAGACGUGCUGGAGUUGCGGAAAGCCUACCCGGAACUAGCAGACGAGUUUGUCUCCCUCGGCAACGUCCUGGACAUGUCAGAAGCAUCUACUAAGCAACAUAUAACAAAUACUCCUCAGGCGGGAGCAGAUAGGAGGUACCAAGUAGACAAGGAGUUGGGUAAAUUGAUCGAAACAAUUCGUCAAAAGGACGGGUUUGGCAACUUUCUCCGGGCCCCGAGCGAGGUUGAUAUACAAGAUGCAGCCAGAAACGGCCCAGUCGUGGCUAUCAAUGUGAGCAAGUUCCGCUGUGAUGCGAUUCUUGUGGAGGACCAUCGGAUUCGUCUUCUGCCGUUGCCUUAUUUGCAUCUCGAAGAUAUCAAAGAGAGGGAGCUUCAGUCGAACCUCGGGAGCACCAUUUCUCUUGAAUGGCUGUGGGAUACCGUGACAGGUCCUAUCCUAGAUGCUCUGGGGCUCUCUCCAGUUCCUUCAGGUGCGAAUAACUGGCCUCAUAUAUGGUGGAUUCCCACAGGUCCUUUGGGGAGGUUCCCCCUUCACGCAUCAGGAUAUCACCAGUACGGUUGCUCGGAAACAGUUUGUGACAGAGUCAUGUCGUCGUACAGUGCAUCCAUCAAAAUGAUGAUAUAUAAUCGACGUCACGCUGCAACACCACAAGCAGUACACCAGGCACUGAUGUUGCCAAUGGAGAACACUCCAGGGGCUACAAGACUCCCGUUCGCAGCAGCGGAGGUGAAGCAAGCAUUUAGCAUUUGUCAGUCGAUGGGACUCAGCCCAACCACACCCGAACCAUACAAGCAGUCUGUGCUGUUGCAGUUGUCGCAAUGUUCAAUUUUCCAUUUCGCCGGUCAUGGCUUCACACACAACACGGACCCAUCAAAGAGUCAUCUUCUUCUCCGUGAUGGUAGGAACAACCCACUGGCGGUUUCAGAGAUUCUGGCCUUAAAUCUGCGUAAGAAUCCUCCGUUCCUUGCCUAUCUCUCAGCUUGUGGAACGGGUAGGAUUAGGGACGAGAAGUUCUUCGAUGAGAGUAUUCACCUGGUCAGUUCGUUUCAGCUAGCCGGGUUCCGCCAUGUGAUUGGCACGCUGUGGGAAGUCCAGGACAAGAUGUGCGCUGAGAUGGCAACGGCGGUUUAUGAAGAAAUGAGGGACGGGAAAAUGAGCGAUGAUUCGGUUUGUAGGGGACUGCAUAAAGCUACCAGAGCGGCUCGCGAUCGUUGGUUGAGUAUCGCGUCCAACUCGGAACGUAGUAGUCAGGUUGUUCUGAAACGAGAAAGCAUGGAGGCAGCCGACGGUAUGGCUUGUCUAUCUGUUCAAGGCGAGAUUCGACUACCGAGAGACAUCCAAGAAUGUGCUGAGAGUGAGCAGUUUUGGGUUCCCUAUGUCCAUUUUGGAAUAUAG